GUCUUUUUCAGUCAAAAAUAAUUAAUAAUAAUGGAUGCGGAUUUAGAUGAUUUGCUGAACGAUGCUUUGUCUGACUUUGAUAAAAAGCCAACAGAAGUAAAAGUACGUGUAGAAGGAAGUGAAGAGAAAAAAAAUUCACCAGGUUCUUCGAAGUCUUUAGAACCUCCAAAAGAUGUUCCUGCCAGUUCACCCUCGUCUUCAACAUCUCAGAAUGUGAGCGUGCCCCCUCCAUCAGAAAUAUUUGAUCAAUUUUUUGACAAUGAAGUUUCUCAAAGACUUCAACAAGAGUGGGAAUCCGCAAUGAAAGAAUUAGUUAAUGAUGACCCAGAACUUGCGUCACAGUUGAAGAAUCUUCCAAGUACUAUGGAAAAUGUUGCGUCAGGGGGCGCCGUGCCUUCUGCAAUGAGUUCUUCAAGCAAUACCGGGCCAUCUGGAAGCAGCGCAGGUCAACAACAAGCUAGCCCUGCAGAUUUGAACAAAGUGAUGGAAGACACAAUUUCUGGAAUUGGGAGUAGCGCUGAUGAACUAAAGAAUAUGACAGGUGCUACCGAAGAGGAAAAACUGCUCCAAGAAAUGAGAAAUUUAGGGAUGGGGGGAGGGUUGAGUGACAUGAUGGGUCAAAUGGGGGACAUGGAAGGGAUGGAGAAUAAUUUUAUCUCUAUGAUGGAAAACAUGAUGGAGAAUUUAUUGUCUAAAGACGUUUUGUAUCCCACAAUGAAACAAAUUUCGGAGGUAUACCCUGGCUGGUUAGAGUCUAACAAGGAUAAAGUACCUGAAACAGACUUCAAGCGCUAUGAGCAGCAAAGUCUUGUUAUCGUUAAAAUUUGUAAAAAUUUCGAGGCCGAUAAUGAAAAUGACACCAAAGAAGUGAAAAAGCAAAGGCUAAACGAACUUAUGGCUUUGGUAGAAAAAAUGCAAGAAUGUGGCAACCCUCCCCAGGAAUUAUUAGAAAAAUGUGGUGGGGAGACACCCAUGGACAUGAGCAGAAUAUUUGGGGCUGGAGGGGGAUUCCCAGGUGGCGGGAACAUGUUUGGGCCAGAUAUGAAUCCUGAAAAUUGUGCAAUUAUGUGAUUCAUUUUUCUAAUUAUUUUUAUAUAUUUUCACUUGAUUAUUUAUCGAUAAUUAUUAAUGCGUUUCAAUUUGCUUCAUUUAAAUUUCAUUUCAUUAAUACUGAUAUAAUUUUUUAAACAAGAUGAUUGUCAACUAUAAG